GUAGUUGAAGCGACGGUCACGAAAAACUGUCUCUCCAAAUAAAUAAAACAAUUAAAUUUGUAUUUAUUCGUUAAAUUAUAGUUUUAAACAUAAGUACAUAUUAGAAGUCAGUACCUGCUGGUUUUGUGUUUGCACAGUUACUAUCACAGGAUUUUACCGCUUAUUACACGAACAAUAAUAAUUAUAAACAUGGAGUCGCUGAGAGGAACAUUUGCUGAGAUGUCUGCACGAUUCCACGAUAGGAUGGCAAGGUUUGAGGCUGAACAACAAAAUUCAGCAUCACCGAGUCUGCCACCGGAGUAUUUGGCUUUCAAGAAGUUCACCCUUGAGUCUCUUCGUUGUAUCCAGCAGCAGAUGGAUUCAUUUACCGACGAGUUGGAUUCAGUUGAGAUGAGGAGUCGAAGGAAGAUCUUAUUGAUCCACGGAGUUCCAGAGAACACAAGUGAAGACACUGCAUCUGUGGUUGCUAACGUCAUCCAUCAAAAGCUGAGUUUGCCCACCAUCACUGCUUUAGACAUACGUAGAUGUCAUCGAGUCGGCGGCCGUGCCCACAAAUCAAAACCCAGACCCAUACUGGUAAAGAUGAAGGAUGCUGAUAUCCGGGACAAAGUCUGGUAUAGUAAAACCAAAUUAAAGGGGUCGGGUAUCACAGUGUCGGAAUUCCUCACAAAGAUUAGACACCAGGUCUUCGUGGCGGCACGGGAUAAGUUUGGUGUGGCGAACUGCUGGACGAAAAGGGGUGACAUCUACGUCCUGGGAUCGGAUGGCGUCAGGCACCGUAUUGUCAGCCACAGCCAGCUUCGCGCACUCGGUGAGCCUGCGGCUGUUCCUGAGCGAUCUGCAGCCGUGGUUCCAAAGAAGAAGACGCGUGGUGCUGCUAAAAAGUGAUUCCUCCGGUGAUCCUGCCUCGCUCGGGUAACAAAUCCACAUUUUAUUUUCCUUUGUCUAUUUAUAAAAGUACAAUCUUCUGUAUUAUAUUAUUUUAGUUCUACCCUAGCAUAGAAUCCUCUAAUUCUUUACAUCUUAUUUUCCUUAUUUCUAUCGCUUAUUAUCUUGACUUAUAUUAUUGAUUCCUCAAUAUUCAUUUAUUCCUUUUAACUUUAACUUUUAUUUAUUUUAUUCUAAAUAGAUAUUCGAUUUCUGCAAAAUUAUUAUGUUUACCUCCGGAUUGUUUACUGUUUCUGACAUUUGACAUGUGUCAAACGUCAAGUUAUUGGUUGCGUUCCACGUUUCAAAUCGGGUAUAUGUUGACUAUGAGACCAUAGACAAUUCACAUACCAACGAUUUCCUAUCUAUCAUAAAUUCUUGUAAUUUUUAUUUGUAUUUCUAUAAUGAUAUCUAUUAACUAUGGCUGGUAUUUAUAUUUUCAAAUAUGUACUUCUUGGAUUUUUACCCGGGCGAGACAUUGUUUUGUUAUGUUUUUUUUUUUUUUUU